GAGUGUUCAGUGUCUAUUGUAGUAACAAUGAGAAAAUUUGUAUUGUUGUUUUUUAUUGUGCUGUGCACUACUACCGUAUGUUCAUUAAAAAAGAACUCUAUCGUUGCGUAUAGCUCAAAAGAUUUCAUCAUUACAAUAGAAAAUAUCGCGGCAAACACAUUUUAUACCGUUCAAAAAUUCAAUCGCAUCAUUCAGCACGUUCGUUUAGGUGAUAAUUUUGUAGGAAAUAUUUCAAAAACUGAUAGCGACGAUGGUUUUAUUUUAUACGGAUUAAAUCAAAAUGUUGUAUUUAAAGUAGUUGAAAAUAGUGAUGAUUUUACAUUGGUCAAUGUAUCAAGUGUUUUGCAAAAGAAUCAAAACGACAGCCAUUGUGUUGAUCUAUUGACUGGUGUUAAUUGGUUCGGUGGUCCUGAGCAGUAUCGCCAAUAUUAUCCGAUAGAAAAGCUACGAUUAAAGAAUUUAGCGUAUGUGCCACAGAGAAACUAUGUCGGCGUGGCCGAACGCUACUGGUUGAAUUCAGAUGGCGGUUUCAUUUAUAUUGAUGACAGAGUGCCAUUGUUCGUCGAUCAAAAUGUGAACGGAAAAACACUUUGUUUCAUGGCCAAAAAUGAAUUGCCCUACAACACACGAAGAGAACUUAUACAUUUUAAAUACAAUUUGGGUUUUGGCAAAGAUGCCAAACAAGCACAAAGAAAAGCGGUCGAAUUAUUUUUGAAGAAGCCAUCUGCAGUCCCCGAUGUCAGAAUGGUUGAAUUUCCAAUUUGGUCGACAUGGGCAAGAUACAAACGGAAUAUUUCUGAAGAUACAAUUAAAACGUUUGCCUCGGAAAUCAAACUGUUCAAAUUCAAUAAUAGUCAAUUGGAAAUCGAUGACGACUGGGAAAUUUGUUACGGAUCUCUUACAUUCAAUCGGACAAGAUUUCCAUAUAUUCGACGUUUAACUGAUAAUUUAAGAGAACAAGGUUUUCGGGUUACUCUAUGGGUUCAUCCAUUCAUCAACAAAAAUUGUGAACCAUGGUAUUCAGAAGCAAGAAAUAACAAAUAUUAUGUGGUGAACUAUAAAGAUAAUCCAGAUACUACGUGGUGGAACACUAGAAAUAAUACAAAGGCCGGGCAUAUUGAUUUCACAAAUCCAGAAGCUGUUAGGUGGUAUCAAAAUCGAUUAAAAACUCUUCAGCAAGAGGCUGGCAUUGAUAGUUUUAAAUUUGAUGCGGGUGAAAGGGAUUGGGCACCAUCUGAUCCCAAAAUGAAUGCAGAUUUCGUUGAUGAUCCACUUGCAAUAACGAAAUCAUAUGUUCGAGCUGUCAGUCCGUUUGGUCCAUUUAUCGAAGUAAGAACAGGCCAAGGAACACAAGACCUACCGAUUUUUGUUCGCAUGACUGAUAAAGAAUCUAGGUGGACAUACGAAAACGGUCUUCCGUCUUUAAUUACAACAUUACUUCAAAUGAAUUUAGUGGGAUAUGGCUUCGUCCUCCCAGAUAUGGUUGGCGGAAAUGGUUAUCAUGGAGCACCAUCUGAAGAGUUGUAUAUCCGCUGGCUACAAGCAAAUGUUUUUAUGCCAAGUUUACAAUUUUCAUAUGUACCAUGGGACUAUUCAAAUAAAUCAAUUGAAAUCAGUAGAAAAUUUACCAAAUUACAUGCCGAUUAUAGCGACGAAAUUAUGAAAGCAUUUCAUAAUGCAGUCAAAUGCGGGGAACCAGUAAAUCCACCUCUUUGGUGGUUAGAUCCAAACGAUAAAAUUGCCUUGACUAUUAGCGAUGAAUUUUUGCUGGGAACACGAAUUUUGUCCGCGCCAGUAAUAAGUAAAGGUAAAAAUGUCCGUGAUGUAUACUUGCCGAAAGGUAACUGGUUCGAUCCAAAUCAAUACAAAGUUUACCAAGGUCCGAUCUGGUUGAGGAAAUAUCCGGCACCAAUUGAUGUUUUACCGUAUUUUAUUUUAUUGGAUAACGUUCCCGAUUGUGUCUAAUUGAAAAUCAAAAUAACAACUCCACAUGAGAUUAAGAGCUCAAAACAUUGUGGCUAGUAAAGUUCUACAAAAA